AUGCGGCCUUCCAGGGGGCGCCCGAUACGCUCGCGGCCUUCGAGGACCAGCACCGGCACGGAUGCUUCUCGACUCUUCCAGCGCUUGGACGCCGACCGCGACGGAGCCGCCUGGAGCGACACCGGUGAUUCGUUCCUGGGCCUUCCCGACCUGGCGAACCUCUUCCGUGCCUUUCAGCCCGACUGCCCAUCGACGGUUUUGGCCGAGGCCUUCCGCCACUUCGGGUUGGAUCAGAAAACAUGCAUCGACGAGGAGGACUUUUGCACUCGACUGGAGGCCAAUCGCAUCGAAAGACUCGAGGAGGCAGGAUGGACGCAGUGCUUCAGCUGGAUGCCAGGUCCUGAAGCGCGGUGCUUGGUGCCCAGCGAAGCAGAAGGGCUUUUGAAGUUGCUGGGAUCCAAUGUCUCGAAUCUGCCAGCAGAGUGUAAUGACCUGGAGUUUGUCAUCCCAGGACCCCCCGUAGAUCGGACAUGGGGAGAAGGACAUCGCGCUGUGUCCACUUCUUUGGUUCAUAAAAGAUAG